AGAUUAAUACCUUUGGAUCAAUCGAUUCCAAUCAAGCAAAUGGAUAAGAUUCAUAUACUCUAGCAACCCUUCAACAAACAAAGGAAGUCCGCACUAUAGCCUCCUACUAGUUCCCUAGCUUGGCUCCAUAGUUGUUUUCCAUCAACCAUGCAAGCUUCAAAGAUGUUGCUCUUGUUCUCCACAUCUCCACCUCACUUGCGGCACCACCGGUAUAAUUGCUCCACUGCCCGCCGCCCAAAUGGGUGUUCUCUGCCUCUUAAAGUACAAGCCAUGGCAGAGGAGCAAACCGAAAGCGGGAACGGAAUCAUAGACAAAGCAGCCAUUGCUGGGGGAUUGAUCUCUACACCAGUAAUUGCGUGGUCACUGUACACCCUCAAGACCACCGGCUGCGGCCUCCCACCGGGACCGGGGGGAUCCAUAGGCGCCCUGGAAGGCGUGAGCUACCUAGCUGUGGUGGGGAUUGUGGUUUGGUCGGCAUAUACCAAAGCCAAAACGGGCUCGGGGCUUCCAAACGGGCCUUUUGGGUUGCUGGGAGCUGUUGAAGGCUUGUCGUACUUGUCUCUUCUUGCAAUUAUAGUUGUUUUUGGCCUGCAAUUCGCCGAGAAGGGUUCCCUUCCCGGGCCACUGCCUAGUGAUCAGUGCUUUGGUUGAGUGUUUUUCUCAACAAUCUUUUCUGCUUUCUUAAUUUUUCUUCGUUUAUAACUUUUUUCUGUUGUUUGUAAAAUAUUGGCAAUUAAUGUCUUAUCACCUUCCAUCUUCAUCGAA